AUGGCAUUUUCUGUGCCUAUCCAGGACAGCGCUCCCCAUAUAUACAUCUCAUCACUCCCAUUCAGUCCAAGCAGGUCGACGUUACAUAUUGAGGGUCUAGGAGAGCACACGAAUGCAUUGAAAGUAACCAGGUGUCUUGACGAGACGUAUCCUGGGCUCCCCAGAAUACUCCAAGGUCAUCAAAAGAUCAACGCUGUCGCAUUCUGGCCAGAUGGCUCGCGAAUUGUCUCUGGCUCAGAUGACAAGACAAUUCGACUGUGGGAUGCAGAGACUGGCCAGCCGUUGGGAGAGCCACUCCGAGGUCAUCAAGGCCGGGUCUGGGCUGUCGCAUUCUCGCCAGAUGGCUCCCGAAUUGUCUCUGGUUCAAAUGGUAACACAAUACAAAUCCGGACGGUGCACAAUUCUAAUCUCGACACUACAAAUACUCACUCUGCAUCUUCGGAUCAUGACAAAUCUACCUCUGUCGAAUCCACAUUUUUGUACCUGGCGUCGGUGAAUGUUCUCUGCUGCCCGAUGGCUGGGUACAGUCUUCUGGUCGGUUCAUUUUCUGGAUACCACCUCGCAAUCGUCAUGGAAUCCAGAGCCCGGACCUCCUUAUGA